AUGGAAGUAAAACAAGAAGUUAAUGUGUAUAUAUGUAAAGGAGAAAUUGAUAAUGAGGGCGGUAAUGACCUUUGUGAUACCCUUAAAAUUGAAAUUAAAGAGGAGCCCAAGCGGGAAAGUACAAAUGAUGGAUUUGAAUAUUUAGUAUUACCUGAGAACCCUAUAAAGACAGAAAAAGAAACAUAUGAAGAUAAACUCAUACCAUUUGAAGAAAAAGAAACAAGUGAAAAAAAAAUGGCACCUAAACGGAAUUAUUCGAAAGAGCAAUUGGCCAAAGCCCUAGAGAAUGUGAAAAAGGAAAUUCCCAGCAGUUAUACGGCAGCAAAAAUUCAUCGAUUUCCUCAUAGUACUUUGAGGCAUAAGAGAGAUUGA